AUGUCUCAACAUCCCUCAUCCUCUAGUUCAAAACCCACUCAUCACGCAAGGACUCCCUCUAUGGAGUUUCUAGAUGAAGACGUGUUGGAUGUUACUCCUCUUUGUGUGAUUCCAGGCGACGCUCCUAACCCUUCUUCCAUAGCUGGAAGUAAUCAAGACAUCUCUCCUGCUAAAAGACAGAUUGUCAAGAAAUCUCCAGGCAAAGUUGCAGCUGUGCACUUAGAUAACAUCUCUUUCCAUCUAGAAGAUGGUGCUGCCAAGUGGAAGUUUGUCAUUCAAAGGAGGGUUGCUGUUGAAAGGGAGUUGGGAAAUAAGGUUGUAGAGGUGAAGGAAGUCAUGGAUUUGAUUAAGAAUCUUCACGCUCGUGCUCUUGCCUCUCAACAACCAUCACAAACUAAACCUGAACCAGAAGUCACUUUUCCACCCCCUGAACAACAAAAUCCAACUACAUUUGAACAACCUCAAAUACCACCACCUACACAACAACCAAAUCCACCUCCUGAACAACUAAUCCACUCACCAUCUGAACCUCAACCAAAUCCACAACCUGAACAAACAACACCUUCCCCCUCUGUUAUUCCCAUACCACCAACCUCCGUUGCCACCAUCACUCCCAUUCUAAAUAUCGAUGACACCAAUCCACCUUCUCCAUCCUCCCUAGCCUCUGCCUCUGAACCAGAAACUGCCUUCCCUACCCUAGAAGAAGCAAUAAAUGUUUUUGCAGAGUCUUCAGUAGAGAAGAUCAAGUAUCUAACUAUCAACUCUGACAAUAGUGAUGAUCCCUCUGUAGUAAGGAUCCACUGGAACAUAGUGAUAAGUUGGAUGACCUUUGAAGCCUUCAAACUGAAAGGCCUCACUGAACAAGUCUGCAACGACUUCAUCAGAGAUGCUGGUAUGAGGCUCCAAGCUCGCUUGGCCAGAGAGGAUGAGGAACAGGCUUGGAAGGAAGCAGAAGAGAAAGCUCCCCUAGAAGAAGAACAGAGAAUCAGAGAAGCUGAAGAAAAGGCUGCUACUGAAGCUGCUGUUGAGGCUGAGGCAAAAGCAAAAGCCGACGCUGAAGAAGCAGCACGCAUUGCUGCAGAGGAAGUUGCCAAGGCCAUGGCUGAUAUUUUGAGUCAGGGUGAGAAAUCUAACUCUGGAGGAAUUGCAAAAGGAACAACAAGUGGUACGAGCUAG